GCUAGCUAGUCUUCGGAUCUCCCAAAACGCCGCCGACUCGUUGUCGACCUCGCCCUCGACCCCAACAGGUAACAGCUACUAGUUGUCCCGGCUAUCCCCAAACGCCGCCGAGUACUUUCCGGGGAUUUUCUUCAGCUUUCAAUUGAGCGGUUCCUCCGCCUCACUGCUCUCGUCGACCCUGAAUCUGCCGAUUUCACUCCUCCUGACCUCUCAGGCAGAUUGUCAUUCGCCAGCAGGAUUCACGCCGUCCAGUUACAAUCCGCCAACUUUUGGGGAACUAGAGAGAUUUUGCGGUUUCACGCUCUAAAGCACGAGCUGCAGCUGCAAGCACACGGGCUGGUUGAUAUUCGGGAGUCGAUGGGGUUGCCUAGAUCGGAGAGUCCUGGCAGCUUUGUAGAGACAGAAAUUCGAAGAUUAAGUUUGGUUCGCAAUGGUGGUGAUAGGGUUGCUGAUGUCAAGUGCGAAGCAGAGAUAGGGGAGAAGCAAAUACUUGGCCCUGUGGCAGUGAAGAUUGAGGCAACGGGUGAUGAGGCCGAGGCUUGUGAUGUUGGCAGCUUGGUCAACCGUGCGAGCUCUGCCCUUGAUAUUGGGAUUGGUGACAAUGGCGGUAGAGGUGAUUCCGAUUCUGAUGGCCAAAGUAGCUCGUCAGAUUCUAGUUCAUUGUCGUCAUCGUCAUCUGAUUCUAGUAGCAGCGAUGAUGAGGAGGAGGAGGAGGAGAAAAAUGAAGUUGAGAUUGCACAAGGUCUGAUGGAAGAGGGUGAAAUAAGAGAUGGUGAUGAUGGAGAUAAUGUGGUAGGUCAUAGUGAAGAUGGUGAUGGUGAUGAGGAGGAGGAUGCCGAAACAGAGACGGAGGCGGAGGUUGAGAAGAUGGUGGAAUGGAGUGAUGCUGAUGAUGAAGAUGAUGGAGGUGUUGGUGUUGAGAAGGGUCCUAUUAGAUCAAAGAAUGAGCUUCAGGUUCUUCCACUUGUUCCUCCUGUCAAUGCUGUGCUGCUACCGCAUCAUCAACCACAACCUGUCGGACUUAUCUCAUCUGUUCUUGGCACACAAGUCAUUGUAGAAGGGAUUGAGAAGCACAACCCUCUAAAUGAGGGCUCUAUCCUUUGGUUAACCGAGAAACAAUCUCCACUGGGGCUGAUAGAUGAAAUAUUUGGACCUGUGAAGAACCCAUUCUAUGUAGUGAGAUUCAAUUCUGAAAGUGAAGCUCCCGAGGGUAUUUCCGAAGGCGCUCUGGUCUCCUUUGUUCCUGAGUUUGCCGGCUUUGUUCUGAGUGACCAGAACCUGUACAAAAAAGGAUAUGAUGCAUCGGGUGAGAAUGAUGAGGAGCUGUCUGAUGAGGUUGAGUUUUCAGAUGAUGAGAAAGAGGCAGAAUACAGGAGGAUGCAAAAAAUGGCAAAGAGGGUUAUCAAUGGCCAAACAGUUGGGAACAAUAAGAAGAGGAAUAAAAAGAAGGUUGACGAGAGACAAAGGGAGGGUUGGAAGAACAACAACAACAAACUUUCAGCUCAGCAAACUCGAGUGGAUACUAAUCAGAAACCACAGAACGGAAAUCAGCAUAAUGGCCCUCCAACUCCAGGUAGUAAUAAUAUUAAUGAUUUUGUUCCAACUUCCCCACCAAUGUUGCAGCAGCUGAACCCUGGUCAUUUCCCUGGGAAUUGGCCGAAUGGGGUAUUUCCUCAGCAUCAACAUAAUCCUCCAGCGGCCAUGUUUGGUGGUUUCGCUCCUCCUCUUGGCAACAUUCAGAAUACCUUGCAGAUGGUGAUGCAGCAUAUUUUGCCAUUUCAGCAGCAGUUCAACCCCGGCCAGGGGUCACUUCCUGGUAAUGUAAUGCUACCAGGGCCUCCACCCAAUUUCUUCCCCAGCUCUGGUUUCAUGCCUUGGUCAGCUGCAGCACCAGGAGUAGGAGUUGUGAACCAAGGUUGCUUCAACCAAUCUUCAUUUGGGAUGGGCUUUCUGCCUCAACCAACCAACCCAACCAUGAACAUGGGAGACCAAAGAAUGAUGGCUGUUAAUGGCAACAUGCAAUCAUCGACAAACAUUUCUGGCAACACUGGUCAGUCUCUUCGUCAGAAUUUCAACUUCGGUGGAAUGGGCUUUGUGCCUCAACCAACCAACCCAGUCAUGAACAUGGGAUACCAAGCAACGACGGCAAUUAAUAGCAACGUGCAGUCAUCGACAAACAUUUCUGGUAGCAAUGUUCAGUCUCCUCAGCAAUCCGGAAAUAUUCUCCACGGCCAGCCACCUCAUAAUUUCAGCAUGGACUCCGAUCCUGGAAGGAAACCAGUUCAUCGCAGAGGACGUGGCCGGUUUGGAGGCAGGGGGAGGUAGAUAGUCUCACCUGACCGACUAUUUUCAUUGCUGUAAGAUCAUGGGUACUGUUAAUUGUUUAACUUUAUAACUCAGUUUUGAGUGCAAACCAACUCUAACCUGUCAUGUAGCAGGGUAGCAAUAGAAACUGGAAGUGAACGUUGCUAGCAUGUUUGCAUAUGUUGUACCAAAGAUUUACUUCCAAAGUGUUGCUCUUGUCUGAUUAAUGCAAUUCCUUCUGGAACCAGUGAUGCAGUGAAAAACAUAUCUUUCCUGCCAGGACAGUAAUUAGUUGGUGUUAGUGACUCUCUCAGCCUCAGGUUCCAGAAGCAGCGGCUGCCUCCUUGUCCCGCUGUUGGUCACCCGCCGCUAGUCUCUUUCCUCCUCGAUCAGUCGCGGAAGGAAACCGUUUCAUGGCAGAGAAGGUGGCAGGUUUGGAGAAGCCCAUACUCGCAUUUAUAUAGAGACAGUGACACACAUCGAUCUCGAAAAUGCUGCAAGAAAUCUCGGCGGUGGUGGCGGUCGGGAUCCUGACAUGGAUGUUCCAGGCUUGCCUCCGGCCGCCUGCUCCCAAGAUUUGCGGCAAGGCCGGCGGGCCGCCGGUAACGGCUCCUCGGGUAAAGCUCCGCGACGGCCGGUACCUUGCCUACAAGGAGCACGGAGUCCCCAAAGAGACCGCGAAGUUCAAGGUCGUCUUCAUCCAUGGAUUCACCUCCAGCCGCCUCGAUCCCAUGAUCGUCUCCAACCUAACUCCGGAAGCGAUAGAGGAGCUAGGAGUGUAUGUGCUGACCUUUGACCGGCCAGGUUACGGGGAAAGCGACCCGGACCCGACCCGGACGCCGAAGAGCUUGGCUCUGGACAUUGAAGAGCUGGCGGAUCAAUUGGGUGUCGGACCCAAGUUCUAUGUGAUGGGGAAAUCGAUGGGCGGGCAGGUGGUUUGGGGCUGCCUCAAGUACAUUCCUCACCGGCUGGCCGGAGCGGCGUUGGUGGCGCCGGUAAUCAACCACUGGUGGCCGAGCUUCCCGGCGGAGCUGUCGAAGAAGGCGUUCAAUUCGCAGCUGGCGCAGGACCAAUGGGCGCUGCGGGUGGCUCACUACGCACCCUGGCUCACCUACUGGUGGAACACCCAGAAGCUCUUCCCUACCUCCGGCGUCAUUGCCAGAAAGCGCGAGACCCUUUCUGCUCAGGAUGUCGAGCUCGUCUCCAAGCACCGAGUCGAACCCGAACUCAAGAACGUGGCGACGCAGCAGGGAGUGUACGAGUCGCUGCACAGGGACCUGAUGAUCGGGUUCGGGAAGUGGGAAUUCGACCCGAUGGAGAUCGAGAAUCCGUUCCCGAACAAUGAAGGCGCUGUUCAUCUGUGGCAAGGGGAUGAGGACAUGAAGGUGCCCAUCGAGCUGCAGCGCUACAUUGCCAAGAAGCUGCCGUGGAUUAAGUACCAUGAGCUGCCUGGCGGAGGGCAUAUCCUGCAUUUCGUUCCUGGGUUGAUUGAAGGUGUUCUCAGAGAUCUUUUUGCUGAACCCAACCAGAACUAGAUUUAUGUACAUCGCUAGAUGUAUAUAGCUCAUAUAUAUAUAUGUAGCAGCUAGUUUAAGCAUGUAAUGUGUUCUGUACAAGAAGAACAGGUGGAAGUGGAAAUUUCACAAAGGAAAAAAAAGUGGAUAUCUGCCAUUUUGUUUAUGAUAUAUGCAAUCGAACACACGCAAGAUAUUAGAGAUUAUGUAUUUGUACGAAGGAGAGUGACUGUGAUAUGUGUAGUAUUUAAUCGAUUUGAGGUCUCGU